AUGCCCUAUGAAGGAGAAGAGAAAAAUGAUCAAUUCAAUGUCAACCAAGAUGCAUUCUUCACAGAUAGAAAAUAUCAUCAAACAGGUCAAGCACAAACUAGUAAAAACAACACGCAAAGUGUGACGGUUCCACCCUAG